AUGAACAGGCAUCAGAUCCGAGAACGAAGAUAUUUAGGGUCACACCAUUCCACGCACCGUUUUCCUCGCGCGUCAUGUCUAAGGCGACGUCCUGCCGAGUGCUACCCGGACGACGCACGCCUAGCCAAGGCCUUGGAAGCCCUUGCGGCUUCACACCACCAGGCUUCCUUUCUCGUCCCGGUCGGAGCUGUCAGGGCGGUGGACUGCCUGAGAGCCCUGUCGAAGGGUGGAAAGGCGUUGGUCAUCGCCGGGGAUAAGGGGUACGUCCACGACAGCGAGCUCGAGGGGACAAGGGAUCCACACCUGGCCGUUCACGGGUCCUUCUCUUGCAUGGUAAACUUCAAGUUGUUGCACCUCAUGUGCGAAGCCGAGGGCGGUUCUGUGCUUCACUCGCAGCACUUGGACGGGUUCAAGUGUUCGGCUAUGGGCUACGGACUCGACCCCAAGCCCCUACCUCGUACCAGACUACGUGUUACACCUCGCUCCGCGGGUGAAAUCUUCCCUAGCGCUAACGUCAAGAACUGCAUGUCUAUGGCUUGCAAUGGCCUGCAUAGCCGAGUCGUCGUGAGCUUCCCAAUGCGCAUGCUGGAGUAG